AUGCCGGAUUCCGCCGUGGUGGAGAUCAGGCAGGCGGGGAGGGUGAACCCCGCUGCGCCAAAACGAUCCACUCGUUUGGUGAGGCCGACCGUGAAGGCGAUGGAAAUAGGUCGACAGGAGAGUCGGUCACCAACGGACGUCGUCAAACGCACGACCAAGCGCGUCAGACGAGCUUCAUCUACCGAGGCGAGCUUGGAACCUGCCGAAAAUGUCGGAAGCGACGAAACAGCUCGAAGUCAAGGGGUGGAGGCAUUGCUCUUGCAGGUGUUGGAGGAACUGAAGAGCCAAAAUGGCAAACAGGAAGACUUGAUCAAGGAACUUCAGACGCAGCUGAGGGAACUAAAGGAACAUUUCAACCAUGAGACCAAGGAAACGCGAGACGAGCUCUACCACACCAAGGAAGCGUUGAAGCAAGGUCCGGGAACGGCUGGAGACCAUCUUGAAGUGCCCUGUCAUGACCUCAACACAAUCGAGUCCGCAACUGUCCUACGCAGACAUGGCACGAACGCCACCAACGAGCCAGCCAAGCAAUACGAAAAGGAAAGCCCAAAAGUAACAGCAGGCACAAUUCGAAGCGCUUUGCAAAAAGAGAUACGCACAACGGAGGACAACGCUAGUUGGCGGUGCCGUGCGGUCACGGUGGACCCGAAGAACCCGAAUCGUAUUAAGAUCGCCUGCAGAGACGAAUCCGAGCAUCAGAUGGUAAAACAGGCUAUGGAAACGACGAGACUGGCAGCUGGGGUUCGGGUGUUGCGUGACGAACUCUACCCGAUCAAGGUCGACAAUGUAAGGCGCACCGCGGUCUUGGACGAUGGUGGAGAGGUCCUGGCGGGUGCAGCAGAAACCUUUGGACAAGAGAACGAGGCCAAGGUUGCCAAGAUAGCCUGGUUGAGCAGGAGGGACGUGCCGAAAGCGUAUGGAUCGAUGGUGGUGUAUCUGAGCAAAGGAGCCGAUGCAAGAAGGCUGUUGGCGGAGGGAUUCUUCCACGCUGGCGGCGAGUCAGGUUACACAGGGGUAUUCGAGCGACGACCGCGACCAGAGCAGUGCUACAACUGUCAGGAAAUAGGGCACAAGGCGUUCCAAUGCAAGGGAAAGCAACGGUGUGCCAGAUGCGCCAAAGAAGGACAUCGACACGAGAACUGUCAUGAGGAGAUAAUGAAAUGUGUGCCGUGCGGUGGCCCACACGAAUCGUUCAGCAGACACUGUCCGAAGCCUUAUCCUACGCAGAAGGAGUAG